ACAGAUAAGCCGCCGCUUCCCGCAGCGCUCGGCGCUAGUCUGCUCUGAGUGUGUGCGGAGGAGGUUGGCUGACCCAGAAACCCUGGGCGGGGGAGAAAGUCCUGCUGGCUCUUGAAGCUCCUGUGGCUGACUUAGUACCCGAUGAGUUGCACCAGAAUGAUUCAGGUUUUAGAUCCCAGGCCUCUGACAAGUUCAGUCAUGCCAGUGGAUGUGGCCAUGAGAAUCUGCCUUGCUCAUUCACCACCUCUGAAGAGUUUCCUGGACCCUUACGAUGAAUUCCAGCGAAGAAAUUUUAUUAACAGGUUAAAACCUCUUAAACCAUGUCUCAAUAUCAAGCAGGAAGCAAAAACACAAAAUGACUGGAAGCGUUCUCCCAGCCGGACCAAGAAAAGAGUUGUGUUUGCAGACUCCAAGGGCCUGUCUCUCACUGCAAUCCAUGUCUUCUCGGAAUUCCAAGAGGAGCCUGUGUGGGAUCUUCAGUUCGACUUGUUGGACCUGGGAGACAUCACAGCCGGCCUCAAGCUUCAUGAAGAGAAAAACUUGAUUUUAGAUUUCCCUCAACCAUCAACUGACUACUUGAGUUUCCGGAACCAUCUUCAGAAGAACUUGGUCUGCCUGGAGAACUGUUCUCUGCAAGAGAGAAUUUUGACGGGAACAGUGAAAGUAAAAAAUGUGAAUUUUGAGAAGAAAGUCCAGGUCCGCAUCACCUUUGACACAUGGAAGACCUAUACUGAUGUGGACUGUACCUAUAUGAAAAAUGUCUAUGGAGGCUCUGAUACUGACACAUUUUCCUUUUCUAUUGACUUGCCUCUUGUCAUUCCAACUCAGGAGAAAAUUGAGUUCUGCAUUUCCUAUAACAGCAGCGGACAGGUAUUCUGGGAUAAUAAUGAUGGUCAGAAUUACAAAAUUGUCCACGUGCAGUUUAAGCCAGAUGGGGUGCAGACGCAGACAGCCUCCCAGGACUGUACAUUCCGCCAGACACCAAAUAAAGCCGAACUUGAUUCACCGCUCUUUGGAAGCCCGAGGCUAGCUAGUGAGCUCUUUCCUGAAUGGCAGAGCUGGGGGAGAAUGGAAAACUUGGCCUCAUAUAGAUGAAUUGAGUUGCCAAGCUACCACAUUUGGCUAGCUAUGCUAAUCAUAGGAAGCUUUGGCUGUGGUCCUUUGAUAGGUUUGGGUGUUUGAUACCCUAACUAGAAAGCAAAUGACCCUCAAUUUGGUGCUCAAGUUGGAAGGGAUUAUUUGGAAGACAAUGGUCCAUUAAGCCUCAGUUCUGUGUUAUAAAUAAUGUGUGUAUAUAUAAUAUUUUUAUCCAUGCACUUUCUUGAUCACUAGCUUUUAUCUUGGGCAAGAAAGCUAUGAGGAAGUAUACACGAUGGAGACAGGAAGCUGUGUUAAUGGUGUGAGGUAUGUCUGAAGAGGGUUCACAAGAUGGAGUUCAUGUACUGUGAUGAGUUGGGAGAAAGAUAUAUUUGUAUGUUGAUGAAGAAAUGUAAGCUUACUGUGUGAUAUUUGGGUAGGUUAUAUAAUCCUCUUCUGGAAGAUUAAUACACAGAAGGGGAAGAUGCCCUGUAAAUAUGCUUGAGAAAAGGGGCAUGCUCUCAUGGAGCUGCAUCUAACGUUAUGGGACACCAAUGUGGCUGAAAAAGUGAGUGAAAGCUCUAGAGCAUAGCUGUCAAUUAAGCCAUUUCUCAGAACAGAAAGGAUGGCCUAAUCCAAAACAAUGACUUGUGGAAAGUUUAAAUAAAUCAAGAUUUGUAAUCCUGCUGUUUUAAGUAGGAGAGGUGACCUCAUUUGUAAUGGCCGCCAUGUUGGUGUUCUUCGUUGUAGAUGGCUAAUACUAAACCUUGCCAUUUCCUAUUAACGCCCACUUAGACUCUCUUACACAAGUAGAACCCCAAUACCUUGUAAGUGCCUUAAUCAGUACUUUAGUUGCUUAACCCAAAUAUUCAAAUGACCAUUUACUAAGUCCUGAAUGUUUGUAUGCUUUAGAAGUCUGCCCUGCAGACUGUUUGCUUUGCAGUACUGACUGUCUUUGAUAUUGGUGUCUGUGUAUAUAACUAGCAUCCUUCAUAUUGAAGGUGACUUAUCUUUCAGCUGUACUUUGAAUGUGAUCUUUGAAAAGAGGAGUCUCUAUAAGAAUCCAGCACCUUAAAACACAUGCGAUUAGGGACCUCUCUUGCCCUGUUUCUUUAAGCAGAAAUAUUUCUCUUCUGUUUUAUAGAUGUGAGAAUUGUCUCGGUCAUACUGUAAUACUUGUUCUCUGGUGUAUAUAAAUCCAUUCUGUAAAAUAGAUAUCAACUGAGUGUACACUAGUCCUUUGUGUUGGUAAAGUAGCGUGAUGUACAUAUCUUUCAAGUAAUAAGAGUGAACCACUUGGUCACUUUUAAGGAACAUAUUUGGCCAUGCUGACAAAAUACUAAUUUGGAAUACUUUUGCAGUGAAGUUAUUUGAGGUUUGCUAGCACUGAAAACUUUUCUACUGUCAAUAUUUCAGUCUACUGUAGCUAUUUUAUGUGAGCUUGUCACUUUAAGAAUAAAUUGUUUAAUAAAAGAACAGAUUCA